ACUUAAGGCACUUUAUUUACUCGAAGCUCUUAUUUGAGAUAGGAUAUGGAAAUAUUUAAGAUUUUAAUUUUUAUUGUUUUCACCUUUCUGGGAGUGAAUAGCAAGUGUCCAACUUUUGUUCCUUACAUAAGCGAUCCUCAUUGCGGCUUCGGGGAAACUUGUAAUUCUGACGGAAUAAAUAAAUGGACAGUACACAUCAAAGAAUGUCAUAUGAAAGAAGCAGGACUACCACCAUUUUUGAAAAUAGUAGAAGGACCCUGCCCUGAAGGAGAUAAGCCACAGUGCCCCGGUUUGAUACCCAUUAAUAAAUAGAAUAUAAUGUCGCUAAGAAAAAAUGCAAACAUUUAUACAAACUUAACGCUUGAAAAUUAAAAAUUUUAGCAAAGCUAAAAAUAAUUAAUAAAAAUUUCAAAAGUGUA